AUGAUAGCUGCUCAAACUCUUGAAGAAACCAAGAACUACUAUGAAAAUUGGCUAAAAUGCCCUCGAUUGCCGAUGAAGGGUGCAAGGACUAAUACAUUUGUCGUUGCCAACUCGCCACAGUUCAACGUAUGUGGAAAUGACUUCGGAUGGGGAAAACCCGUGGCCGUGAGUGUUGGUUUGGCGAACAAAUUUGACGGGACGAUAUUUCCUGGUGUAGAAGAUGGGAGUGUAGACAUUGAGAUUCGACUCACCACGGACGCAUUGCUAGCUAUGGAAAACGAUGCCGAAUUCAUGCAAGUUGUUACGAUAAACUAG